AUGUUACACUGUGAUGAAGUGGCUUCAACCUCUGAAAGUCUGGGAUCUGAUUUAGAAGCUCCAAAUAUAAAUACGUCAGCGUCUAAAAGUGUUCUAUAUGACAAACCACUCAAAAAAUACAUUAAAAGGAUAGAUAUUCCGCAUUUGCUUUUCUUAUUUCAGGCUCAUUCCAGAUCUGGUUUAUGCACCUCAAACUUAAUUUACAUAUUCCUUAAAGCUCUAUCACAACGUUUAUCUGAGGAAAAAAGGAUUAUUCAUAGCCUGUAUGUCGUUAGUGAAGCAAAUGUGAAUCAUGCUGAAAGUGGAAAAGCUAGAAAAUCAACUUUUAUGAACAAAUGGCUAUUAUAUAACUUUAUUUUUCAGGGAAAAGACGCUCUCAUUGAACGUAGAAACCAAGUUUUUAACAAAAGUGCCUAUGGUACCCCUCCCUGCGAAGGUUUUAACAAAUUUGUUCGUCUAAGAAACAAUCAAAGUAUAUUCGUUAAAACUGAAGAAAAUAAAAACAGUAUCCACGAUAAAGAAACGAAUUGUAAUGCUGUCGAUGUUCCAAUAACCAUUGAUAAACACGAACAAUUUCAUGCAUUAUUGUCUUCUGAGUUUUACUAUUUUAAUCCAAAAUCUAGAUGUAUGGGGAUUAAUGCAAUAGGAAGGGAAAAUAUAUUAUCAGAAGAUGUAGUUUGUAUGUUAGUUUAUGGAAUAAUAAACACAAGUAACUGGGAACAUGGAUAUCCAUUUACUAGUUGGAUAAGCCUCUAUUUUAUUAAUAACUUCCACUAUUAUCAUCCAUUGCUUGUGAAACUCUUUAUUUUGAAUGUUUUUCCACUACAGAAGACUUCUUCAGAAGAGGUGAUUGAUAUUUCCAGAUUUCUUUGCACUCUCAAAGAGGAUUUAUUUAAAUAUAGUGAAACCGAUGCAUACCACUCUGACAUUUGGCAAUAUAAUUAUUAUGCUAUAAAAGAAAGGGAAAAUGGACAGUGCUAUGGCCUAACUUCUGCUGGUAUUAAUUUUGUUUGGUGGCAUUUAUUAGAUUUGCUUGUGGUAAUUAGAAGACUUUCAUCUUAUUACAAGUAUUCUGACGCUCCACAGAUUAUAGAAAUAUUAGUCCAGAAAUUGUCAACUUUGAUUAAACAGUUACCUUUCGAUAAAGAAACGUUUUAUAUUUUAUCGGAGUUUUGCCACCGUGACAAUACUGGCGAACUAGUACCACUCUUAGAAUCGUUAGAAACAUUUGUUUCAAGGAAUCUGCAUAAUCUAUCUCCUAUGGAGAUUUGCAGUCUAUUACAAAAUUCAAAUAAGAAUAAUUUUCAUAGCCAGAAACUUGUAGAUUCUCUUUGUAAUCAAUUGAUAACGUAUGACCUACAAAAGCUUAUCCCUGCGGAUUUCUCGCAAAUAAUUGCAACCCUUGGUAAAAUGCAGAUUAAGAUUGAUGAUACAACAUGUAUAGAUAGAAUAUCUACUUUUGUGAUGGAAAACAGGAGUGUAUUGAAAAUUAUGAACUGUGCCCAAUGCCAUGCAUUUAUUCUUGGAAUGUAUAGAUUACGCUACAAAAACGCUGAAUUAUUCUCAGAAUUGUUUCAGAGGUACAUAAAGUGGGCACAAAAUGGCACAAAUAAAAAUCUAAACAUAUUUAUUCCCUCAUUAGGAAUUCUUUCCAAGAUGUAUCACUUUGAUGAUAUUUGUGAUAUAAUAAAAAUCUACAAGUUUUUGUCAAAUGGAUUCCAUUUGAUAACAGGUGGAACAAUACAACAAUUAAUGGUAUUACUGGCCCGUAUUAUUUCAUCGGUUCCUCAUCAGCCAAAAAACAUCCAAAUGAUUGACUCGCUUAUUUUACAGACUGAUGAAAUAUUUAAGAAUUGUCUAAGGAACAUAUACAGCAGAUUAUAUCAAUUUAGUCCAACUCAAAUGAUAUCAAUGUUGCAUGCGAUGUAUAUAACAAGAAAUAGAACAACUAGAAUUCUAACACCAUUAAUCAUGUAUAUCACUGGGUCUAACUUGAUUCAACCAUUAAAGGAAGGGUCAAGUUCGCCAUAUGAAGACGAUAAAGUAAUUGAAACGAAUAUCCACUCUUAUGUCUCAUUACCACCAUGUCCAUUUGAUACUUUGGAAUGUAAGGCUAGGUUAGAAAAAUUGGAGCCAAUGCACCUUGUAAACAUUUGCAUAUCUAUUUAUGGUUUGGAGUUUUGGACCCCUUUCUCUCUGCACUUGUUACUUCAUAUUAGGGAAAUAAUUGAACCACAACUACAUGAUAUGAAGUCUACUCAGAUUGUUGACCUAGCCAUGAGCUUCGUAGAUUUUUAUUUUACCGACUAUCAGCUAUCUGCCUAUAAGUCUGUGGAAAAUGUUUAUAAACUUGAUAAUAAUAGGAGGAGAGCACAGUUUGCAAAUUCUCUGCUAAAUAAUAUCCAAUACAUUGUGGAAUAUAACAAAAAAUGCUUUGAAAGAAUAAAAUCCAUGUGGUUUUCGGAGAGUGUCACAGUAACUGAUUCUUAUUCUUCAUUUGAUACACUCAAUAAAUUUCAAAUGAUAUUAAAAAGGUCCCAGUGGAAGGAGGAACUAUUCUUAGCGUGCAUGGAAGGAUUACAGAGGCACAGACCAUUUAUAUAUUCAUCUGUAAAACUAUUGAGAAAAACAAAAAUAUUGUAUGAUCUUCUAAGAUUUGAUAUUUAUCUCCCUGAAUAUCCAUACAAAGUGCCUGAACCUCUAAAUGAAAAGGAAAUUCCAAGAAAUAUUCCAUUUUUAGUAUUGGAACAUGCACUGGAAAGGCAUGGAAGUAUAUCGGCCGCUCUCCCACAAAUUAUUUUAGAAUCACAGGCUCAAUUAUAUAGUAUUUCUCGAACGGAAUCUUAUAGCAAUUUCUUUAAUGAUUCAGCGUCACAUAGUGAGAAAAAUCAAAAUAGUGAUCAUCCUAAUUCUUGUGAUGAUGAAGAAGAAGUCCAACAUAUUGGGGGAGAUGCUGGACCAGAAAACGUGCGAAACAAUCUUAUUAUUCCAAAUAAUAAACCUGCUGUCAUAACUGAUACCCUCAACCCCUCUACCAUAGAACAACUUGAAACAUCAUACACUAGCCAUAGAGGCUCUGGAAUAAUAUUGGAAAUAAAUGCAGUAAACAACUUGUGGAUGUAUAUCGACCCCGUUAUAUCAGGGUUUCGCAUUAGUAUCCUAAUACUAGAAGAUGGAAUACACCACAUACCACAUCUGAACCAGAGUGAAAUUUUAAAUAAAAUUAACACGGAAUUAUAA